GGACGGGGCUCCCUCCUCCUCCUCCUCCUCGUCGUCCUCGUCGUCAGGCUGCGGCUCUUGGGCGGCUCCGGCUGGGGCUCCGCUGCUCUCGCUCUCUCUCUCCCUGGGCUCCCCUCCUUCCUUCCUUCCUUCCCUCCCCAUCUCAUAUUUUUCAUCCUCAUCCUCAUCGCUAGCCUUCGCGGGAGACUCUUCCUCUUCGCUGCCUGCCUGCGCUCCUCCGUCGAAGCCAGGAUGGGGCUGCUGCGCCUCUGCUGGCUCCUGCUGGGCGCCCUGGCCGCCGGUUCUGCACAGUUGUAUUUUGAAAAGGUUCGGUCUGUUACACUGGACAUUUGCAAUAGCAGCGCCAUUAUACCUUGCAUAGUAACUAAUCUAAUACUGCGCAGGACUAAUGUAACAUUCGUAAAGUGGAAAUUACAAGGAAGUGAAUUUUUUGCUUACGAUGGAGUUGUUGAUAAAGUCACAAGGAACAUUACUUUUCAGUCCGCAAAUUUACUGGAUUUAUCAUUGCUACCGCAAGGCACUGCUUCACUUGUCCUGUCAAGAGAAGAGGCACUUCCAGGAAACUACACCUGUGAUGUAGCAGAAUCAAACAGAGAAGGAGACACUAUAGUCGAACUUAUACGCGUUUCAGCCCCAUGGUUUAAGCCAACAGAAAUCUCCUUCAUCAUUGCCACCAUGGUUGUUGCAGUUGUUUUGUAUUUUUCUCAGUCAGCAGUUGUAGCAAUGAAGUUUGACAUGACACUUUCUAAGAAGAUUGGCUUAAUUUUUGCAGGACUAAUAAUCAUCUUUCUUGCCGUGAUAGGUAUCGUUCUUUUUCUUCCAGAGGGAUAUUCAUCUUCACAACGAACUGGCCUUGCCUUAAUUGUAGUGCCUGCUUUUAUUUUAGUGCCCCUUCUCUACUUUCUGUUCACAUCAGUUUUUGAGAAGCAGCCUCUGUUUGCAAUUAUUCUGGUAGCCCUGAAAGCAAUUGGAUACAUAAUUGCCGUGGCUGGAUUUGCUUUGUGUGUGCUAGCAUGCCCUCCAAAACAAGGUUCUGUCAUGAUUGCAGGCUUAGCGAUUAUUGAUAUUGUAGCAGCAAUUGGCCUAAUUUAUCUCAUUGUUAUUGGUGGUUCCAGCUUGAAAGAUCAUCAGCCUCCAAGGAAAGCUGUCGAAGAAUCACUUAAUGAUGCAAAAGGAGUGAUGUUACAAUGAUGUUUCUCUCGUGAAGUAACUGAAUCUGCUGUGGACAUGGAAACAAGUGGAGAGAGACUUUUGUUGAUACACCGUGGCCUUGAUGAUGCACUACUCAAAGAAAAAAGAAAAUCAGGAAAUUAAUUGUUUUUGCAUGUGUGGAAAAGUGCUGUAAUUACUUACAUGAUGUAACUUUAUAGUCACAGCAGCUGUCGUAACUUUCGAGAGAGAAGUGCGUGUAUGCACAUGAGGUUUUUUUCUUUGGGGGUGGAUGAGGGCAAAACUACAAAAGACUCUUUUUAUCCACUGUAAUAUGUCUUUUUCAUGCUGCACUUCUCAGAACAGUUGAACUGCCUCUUUGCAUAAAGACCAAACUCCACAAAGGACUAAUCUCAGACAUCACAAUAUUGGCACAUUAGCUACCUUCUUCUCUGGGCCAUUGUACAGCAACUUCUUAUAUGGAGUUGUGCCGCCAUCCUUAAAAUUCAACACAAAACACAAGUCGUAGAGCCGCAAUGCUGAAGAUGGAAAGUAGAGGUGUUUUACCUUUUCCAAAUAACUUCCCAGAGGCAAUUUUAUUUACUCUUCCAUUUAUAAUAUUGAAGUUAAUUUUUUUCCGGUGGCCUAAAAAAUAGCCAAAAUCUGCUGUGUAUUACACUAAGAAAGGCUUACAAUAUGAAACAUCGGUAUGUUUCAUCACAGAACAGACUUCUUUGGGACCACUUAAGCAAAUCUUUGUACUGCAUGAUAAAUACUAUUUUCUUUUUGGUUUUUACUCACUUUCCUCUAAAAACCAACCCAAAACCAACCUACCUUUUGACAUUUUGUAUGACAAAUGAAGAAAACAGCAUUAAAAUAAGGGUAUCAUUUCUAUAACAUUUAUUCUUACCUAUACAGUGUGAACAUGAGUGGAUGUGGUACAGGAUGAACAAAUAUUGUACCUUGUAUAACAUUUUUAAAGAUCUAUAGCAAUUAGCCUUUUUUCUAAAGAAAAGCUUGGUUUCCAACUCUUUCGUAUCACAAAAGUCCAAUCCACCUACCUGCUGUUAGUAUUUCUGCUGUAUAUACUGGAAUUCUUUAUGUGCUUUGGUGAUCAGUAUUGUAGUUCAAGUAACUUCAUCUUUUAUUUUCUGUUCUUUCAUUUAAAAGCAAUGGCCGUGUUCAGCUUUAGUGGCACAAAUCCUGACUUCUACACCGAGAAGUGUAGUCCUUUAAAGUUCAUAAUGUUGAAAAUCAACUGCAAUAGUUCUGCUAAUUAAAUCACAUUUUCCCCAUUUUUAACAGAGCCAUGCAGACAGACAGGAGCUGUUCUUUUUCACACAGUAGGUUGUGAACAUUCCAGAUUACAUUGCAGAUACUUCAGCUGAAAGGAUGAGUUUAUUUAUAUUGCAGUUGCUGCGGUUUGAUAAAAAUUUCACUCAAGUCUCCAUCAAACAGAAUCCUGGGAUUUAUAGUUUGGUAAAAUACUUAGGAUUUGCACUAGAGCAUUCUAGCACAAAGUGUUAAAUACCUCACCAAAGUGCUAAUCCCAGGCUUUCAUAGUAUGCCCCAUUUAUGUAUUACUUAUUUUUAUGGACAUUUUGUCUUUCUUCCAACAUGAAACCCAAGGCAGUGAGGGUAGUUAAACUACUACAACUAUAUAGUAUAGUGUAGAUAUACUCUCAUUUAUUUAUUUAUUUAUUUAUUCACUUUUUUUUUUAAUGAAGCUUACUUCCAUCUUGGCCACAUUAGGUCCUGUAUGGGAGAAAAGUGGGUUAUAAAUAAAAUGAAAUGAAAUAACUCUUCUGUAUCAUUUCUGUGAUCCUGCCUUUCAAUUAUUCUCAUGUAUAGAACUCUGCAAGAGUAUCUAUGGAACUGUAUUCCUGUGCCUGUCUAGUUUUCAUAAAUGCUGAAAACAUGUAUAGAAUCUGCUCUGAACACACUACAUGGAAAGGCCUUGUCUGUUCUGCCACUUUCCUACAGAGAAUCUAUUCACAAUCAAUACAUUACAAGAUCAAUUGCAUUAUUUAAACCAAUAUUUUAUUGUUCUGAGCUCCUAACUUGCAGUUACUUCCCUUUUUGUAAAUUCAAGUCACUUCCAUGAAAUGCUCUUCAUUUGUUAAAAAAAUAUUCUAUGAGACUUUUUCUCACUCUCCUUAUAGCUUUCCAAAUACAGAUUGUCAGUGCAUUUUUUUUCUUAUCAAUAAACUGUGUUUCACCUUUA